GACAAUGUCUAUAAAAACUUUCAAAUCAGUUAAUGCAUUGAUAAUUAAGCAUUUUGCCGUGAUCAGCGUAAGGAAAUGAUCGGUAUGACUCAUAUGCAUGAAUAUGACAAAACAAGGGAGUGAUCAAUGAUUGAUUGUUUGUGCAUUGACAUAAAAUGUCCUCUUCGGCCAGAGAUCACAAUCACCUAUGUUGCAGUAUCUGUUAUUUUCUUUAACAGUGGCUUGUCUUUGAAAACAGAGGAGCUAGCAAGUGCAUUGAUGCACGUAAAGUUGCAUUUCUUCGUCCAGACAUUCACGCUAGUAUUUUUCCCCAUCGCUAUUUGGCUCCUUCUCAAGUUCUGGCCCCUGACAGCGAUCAACGAAUGGCUUCUCAGAGGGUGAGUGUGUAUUUUCAGU